GGGCGUAAUAGUGAAGACCAUAGCGCAGCGUGGAGGAGCAGACAGUAGGGACGGCCUGACCCACCUCACACUAUUAUACUUCACCUCCUCCAGAACAUUCUCCCAAACAGCCAAUUAUGACGGACAGUGAAUGGGACUCGGUGACAGUACUUCGCAAGAAGCCUCAAAAGUCUUCACAGCUGAAGAGCGAGCAGGCUGUGAAUCAAGCAAGACGAAGUGGAGCCCAAAUAGAAACCAGCUCAAAAUAUGGAGCUGCAAGCAAUAAGCAGCAUGGUACAUCUAUGAACACAGCCAAGCUUGACAGGGAGACAGAGGAGCUCAAGCAUGAGAAGAUAACGCCAGAUGUGGGUAGACUCAUCCAGCAGGGUCGUCAGGCUAAAAAUUGGACUCAAAAGGACCUUGCUACUCGUAUUAAUGAGAAGCCACAGGUGAUCCAAGAGUAUGAACAGGGUAAGGCAGUGCCAAAUCAGAAUGUCCUCGGAAAAAUUGAGAGGGCUAUAGGGCUACGCCUGAGGGGGAAGGACAAAGGCCAAAUUAUGCAGCCUAUUGUGAACAAGAAGAAGUAAAGUGAAGCAGAUCGUAGCUUGCUGUAUUCACAAGGCUUACACCAUGCAACCUGAGUUGUUUGGCUUCACAUUUUAAUUUGGUAACCCAAGUCUGUGUGAAUGCUUUAUUGCUUUAUAAAGCUUUGUUUAUUAAUUGUGUAAGGAGCUUAUAGGUUUUGUUAAAUAUUUAUUUUUCUUGGAAAGGAAGGACUGUUACUUGUUAAUGUUGGAAACGUAUGCAAAACUUGGAACUGCUUUAUAUUAAAGGAUUCUACUGUUUUUAUUUCAUUGUUAUCUCUCUUAAGAAAAAUUAUGCUGUAAUUGACCAAUGUAAUCAAUGAAAUUUGUAAAGGAAGUUAUUUUGCUGAUCACAUCUUCUGCAUUACUUCCUCUUGAUGUUAAGCUUUCCAACAUAAUAUGUUUUGAUACCUCUGUAUCCAUGCAGUUUGAUGGGUAAAUAUUUGAGAGGGUCUUUAGGCUACCAGACAUUUUGAGUGUUUGCAAACAAAGACAGGUAAUGGUAAAUUAAGGAGGAAUGAGUUAGUCAUUGGAUCUUUAAUUUGUUUCGUUCGGCAUACCUAAUUGUUAAACUUUUUUUUCAAUUUUUUAAGGUGUAUGCUGAAUAAAGACCUUUCAAAUUUCUG